AUGACAUAUCCAAGCGCGGGAUGCGAAACAUGCAAGAGCCGACGAAUCAAGUGCGACGAAACCAAACCAACAUGCAAACGCUGCAAGAAAUCCCGCCGUGUCUGCCUCUGGGGCCAAUCCACCGAUCAGACCUACUUUUCGAUCCACAAUGAAAACCGCUAUGCCAGCGGGAACACCAAACGCCCUCGCGGUCCUCGUUCGGCCUUGACGGGUACCCACCAUCACCAUCACCAUCACCACCACCACCAACAUAGCUCCAACACGCCGCAGCAGGGGCAGCAGUUACAGCAGUAUCGCUCCCUACACAUCGACCUCUCCACCCGCGCUUUAGUAUACUAUCUCCACUACUACCUCGCCAAACCGUACGCCCAAGACACCGUGCCUAGCAUCUCACGGGGCCUUCACGACCACCUGGGCUCCUGGCUCUCCGGCACCAAGCACUGCAAUCCGCUCGUCGACCUAGCGAUCUCAUCCAUGGCCCUCGCCGUCUUCGCGCGCACUCAACACCACCCGCCGGCCGCCAUAGAAGCCAGUGCUAAGUACCAGCGUCUCCUGGCCAUGAUGCGCACCAGUAUCAGCAGCCCAAACUUGGUCGACGACGCGAAGAACAUCGACGACUGUCUCUUGGCCAUUUUCUUCAUGAGCCGUUUUGAGGACUCGAACCAUUGCAGAUUCGACAUGGCCCAUGGCAACGGGAAGGUCAUGAGGUUAGCGGAUUACUCGCCCAACAGCUACGCGCAUCACGAUGGGGCCCUGGCGAUUUUGAAGAUUUGGAAGGAGCACCACUGUCCUCACCAGUAUUUAGCCCACAGCCAAAGUCCCAAGCAGGCGGCGCCAUCGGAGAUCAUCAAGUACCUGAGACGCGGGAUGAUUAGGUCGGCGGUGCUUAGACAUCUCGCGUUGCCCGAAUGGUUGUGGGAGGGCCGGUGGUAUGGCGAGAAGGGUUUGGAUCUGGGCUAUGAUCGCGCCAUCGUUCGAAUCGUCAAUUUGCGUCGUGAACUGGCCGUCCUUGUCCAGCGUCAGUCACACACGCAGACUCUAUCUCACGAGAUGUUGCUCGCGGCGGACAAACUGAAUGAUGAAGCCCGAGACAUCGACACGGAAUUGCACGAGUGGACGAGCCGGUUCCCUCGGGCUUGGUCUUAUCAGAAACAUACCCUGACGGCCACAGAUCCUCAUCUCGGGGACGGGAACAGCAGGAACGGAGAAAAGGAACAUUUCUACUCGUCGACGGUCUACAGCUACGCGAGUCCCGCGCAUCCGGCUGCUUGGAUUCUAUAUUUCGCCACCAGAAUGCUAAUCAAUAAUGCACGAUUGAAGAUUCUGGGACUGCUACUAUGUCCACAACGCCGUCAACCAACGCCUCACUCAAACCUGGAGGGUGAGAGUGAUGCCUACGAAUACGAGAAACAGCGGCAGGAGUGUCUGUCACGCUUGAACGCGACGGCAGAUGACUUGGCAUCCAGUAUACCGUUCAUCCUGGAGAGGUUUAAAGUCAAAGAAAAAGAUGACACCGGCUCGUCCGACUAUUCAGAUCAGAAUCAAAUCAUAUUCAACACCGACAAGGAAAUCAAGCCUUAUCUGGCGACGCUCGCAGCGUGGCCUUUGAGCAUUGCUUCGUGCCUUGACGGGUUGGACCUCAAGCAGAGAUUAUGGUUUGGAUCCGAACUCGCGAGCAUCGGCAGAAUACUUGGGGUGGGCGUCUUUGAAUUCGCCGUGACGGAUCAAUGGUUGAAGCUCUAG